AUGGACCACACGGCCAUGAUCCGUUCCAACCCCCACUUCAAGGAGUCCAGGCUCAACUCGUUGUACUCCAACUUCAACAACCUCAAGGUCCUCAACCCCGAAGGCUACGAAGCAAACAUCCAGGCUUGGGGCUCACUCUUCGCAGACAUCCUCAACCAAGGAUACAUACAAGACUCUCGGAUUUCGAUCCCUUCCCAUGACCCCGACUUGUAUCUGUUCCUUUCCAUCCCGUUGUACGGCAAGCCUGCCAGUCUAGGGGUGAUAUUGACCGAACUCGUGCUGCGCAAAGUCUUGUUGCCCUACAGUCACUACAAGGCAUUGUCGGAACCAUACGUGAACGAGAACAAAACGAGGCUCUCAGACUACCUCCUGCCCCAGAAAUGGCUACAAUGGGGCCUUGCCGGAAUCGCAGGAGGCUAUAAUGCAGCAUUGAAGGACGGAUCGCUAGUCAGAGACCGCUACAUUUCAUGGGACUCGUUGACCAGCAUUGCAUCCAAGUGCGACGAAGCGAUCAAGGAGGAGAUUACCCAGAGUGGGACUUACUCGGGCUCAUUGCAUAACGACCUGACCCUUUAUGAGCUUCUUCGGGACAAAUUGAAAUUAUCCAAGGUCGAUUUCGAAACAGUUUUGAUCUAUUUAUCUCGAGAUAAACAUAUGUGCACAGUCAAGGAGAUUGACGAAGUCAAAUACAUCCGGUACGAUUCCAAGCCAGAAGAAAUCACCGAGAAUGAGGUGAGAGUGAUCAACUUGAAAUCUACUAUCAGGAAUUUGGAGCAAAGAAAGAAUUACAUUGACCUCAAGAUUCAAGGGUUGGAGAAGGACAUGAAAUCUCUCCUUACUAUGAAGGAUCAAGAACAAAGAAAAUUAAGACUCAAGCAUUUACUUAAAACUAGAGUUGUGCUAAGAAAGUCAUUGGAAAACUGUUCUAUCUCAUAUAAUGAGUUGCAUGCUGUCCUCGUGAAGAUUGACGAUUCUACAAUGAAUAUAAAUAUCCAUGAACAAUUGCUUAAUAGUUCUAAGGUGUUGAAGAAUUUGAACUCCAAGAUCAGUAUUGAGAGCAUCGAUGACCUUAAGCUUGACAUUGAAGAAGAGAUGAGAAUGACGGAUGAGGUUUCGGAGGCAUUGGGAGGAAAUGAGAUUAACGAAGAAGUAGAAGAAGAAUUUGCAGCUCUCGAGAAGGAAGAAACAGAGAAACACAGGAAAGAGAAACAGAGAAAAGAAAAGGAAGAAAAGGAACAGCAAGAAGAAAGGGAAAGGAAAGAAGACAAAGAGCAGCUUACUCAAACUGAGCCCUCAUCCAAGAAGAUUCCUGACACAGAGAAGGUAUCUAGUAGCGACAAGGUGUUGGAAGAUUUAAAGAAUUUAUCCAUAGAGCCAGCCAGAUCCAAUGCAAAGAACAAAACUACUCAACCAGUAUUGGAACACGCUUGA